AUGAAGCAUCAGGCCGUUCGUCACUUGAAGGGAGCGCUGGCGCAUCCCCGAGCUGCGCGAUCAAUACCUUUGAACCUCGCAAGAUGCUAUUCCACACACCCGCCGAAUGCGAAGCUGAAUCUGCCGAUUGACUACGCGACAACUCCCCUGCUGGCCCACACAUCCGAAGCCGCGAAGAGGAACAAGGAGAUUCCGUCCGAUGUCCUCCAUGGCGCGACCAAGAAGAUGAACCUCUUCCAGGCCAUCAAUGACGCCUUGAACACCGCCUUAUUAGAGGACGAGACGGUCUCCGUAUUUGGCGAGGAUGUUGCUUUUGGCGGUGUCUUUCGGUGUACCAUGAAGCUAGCAGAAACACACGGAGCCGACAGAGUAUUUAACACGCCGCUGACGGAGCAGGGCAUUCUGGGCUUUGCCGUUGGCAUGGCUGUUGAAGGAAUGCGGCCUGUUGCCGAGAUCCAAUUCGCCGACUACGUCUUCCCUGCCUUUGACCAGAUUGUCAAUGAGGCGGCAAAGAAGCGAUACUACGAGGGUACCAAUGGACGGAGCGCUGGAGGCAUGACGGUGCGCAUGCCCUGCGGAACCGUCGGCCACGGUGGAUUGUACCACUCUCAGUCCCCAGAGGCCCUGUUCACUCAUGUUCCUGGAUUCAGAGUAAUCAUGCCUCGAUCACCCUUACAAGCAAAGGGAUUGUUAUUAGCUGCCAUCCGAAGCAACGACCCUUGCAUUUUCAUGGAGCCCAAGAUCUUGUACCGAGCAGCAGUGGAGGAGGUCCCCGUAGCGGCCUACGAACUGCCUCUAUCCAAAGCAGAAGUCCUGAAGGAGGGCAAGGACGUCACAAUAAUCUCAUACGGCCAACCGCUAUACAACUGCAUGUCAGCAAUCAAGCAGAUCGAGCAGGAUCUGGGCGUCUCUGUCGAGCUGAUUGAUCUGCGGACCAUCUACCCCUGGGACAAGAAGACUGUCUUUGAGAGCGUGCAAAAGACUGGAAGAGUCUUGGUGGUCCACGAGUCCAUGGUGAAUGCCGGUGUUGGUGCCGAGGUGGCUGCGGCCAUCCAGGAGAACCCGGAUACAUUCAACAGGCUGGAAGCUCCCGUGGCCCGCGUUGCUGGAUGGAGUAUCCACAACCCGUUGAUGUUUGAGAAAUUUCACGUUCCGGAUAUUGCAAGAAUUUAUGAUAGUAUUAAAAAGACAGUGCAGUACUAA